AUGAAAGCCCCCUGCCCUGGCCCUGGUUCAGUCUCAAUGGGGGCACUGUGUCUGGAGGGCAGGGGUGGGAGGCCCCAGGGGAGAGGCUCCCUCCUGCUGGCUGUGGCAGGAGCCACUUCCCUGGUGACUCUGUUGUUGGCAGUUCCUAUCACUGUCCUGGCCGUGCUGACUUUAGUACCCCAGGAUCAGGGAGGCCCGGUAACAGAAACGGCUGACCUUGGGGCACAGGCCCAGCAAGGACAGGGAUUUCGGGAGCUGCAGGAGGAGGAGCCAGAAACAGAUCUUAGCCCCAGGCGGCCGGCUGCCCAUCUCAUAGGCGCUUGGAUGAAGGGGCAGGGGCUAGGCUGGGAGGCGACGAAAGAAGAGGCGUUUCUGAGGAGCGGGACGCAGUUCUCGGACGCUGAGGGGCUGGCGCUGCCGCAGGACGGCCUCUAUUACCUCUACUGUCACGUCGGCUACCGGGGCCGGGCGCCCCCUGCCGGGGGGGACGCCCGGGGCCGCUCGGUCACGCUGCGCAGCUCGCUGCACCGGGUGGGGGGCGCCUACGGGCCGGGCGCUCCCGAGCUGCUGCUGGAGGGCGCCGAAACCGUGACCCCGGUUUUGGACCCCGCCGGGAGGCAAGGGUACGGUCCCCUUUGGUACACCAGCGUGGGGUUCGGCGGCCUAGUGCGGCUCAGGAGGGGCGAGCGGGUGUAUGUCAACAUCAGUCGGCCCGAUAUGGUGGACUACAGGAGGGGGAAGACUUUCUUUGGGGCCGUGAUGGUGGGGUGAAGGCCGCCCGCCUCUCUGGGAAGACGAUUGCACGAUGCGAGUGUGAGAAUAUUGGGGACCCAGACACCCAGGACCCCGCGGCAGUGAGGAAAAUGUAGGAGAGUAGAAAGUGAUUUUAAGCCUGAUGAAAAUAAAAAAUGUAAAGCUUAAGGGCUGUCAAUACA